CCCACACCCACACCCUCAUUAGUCGUUUUUGUCUACUCAACUAUGGAAACUUUUGCUCUCUAGAUGGGUUUUUUCCUUACAUUAUCUAAUUUCUUAUCAGGUCUAUUUAUUUUAUGAAUAGCUUGUGGUUAUCAUAUACAAUCUUCUCUCGCGCUGUCCUUGGUUGAGAGAAACUUUCUUUUUACCUUCGUCUUAUCUUCUUUUCAAAAAUCUCACAGAAUAUUAAUUUUUUUUUAUAUAGAUUAAUAUUUUAUUUAUAUAUUGUUUAAUAUAAAGAUUAUUAACGACAAAUUAACGUAUCCAAUGGAGCAGGCAAUGAAGACUGUUUGUUCGGAAUUCGUUGCUGACAAAUGGAGUGCAAAUAAAUGCCAAGAAUGUUUUCAAAAGAGAGAAGAUCAUGAAAAUGAGUCACCUACAGCUUCAGACGAUCGUCAAGUAGCUACCAACACAAGAUCAUCAUCUGUUUCUCAAGAAGCAACCCAUCACCCUUCAUCUAACCAUACAAAAGCUAAUGGUCAUUUAUUUUUGGCGGCUGUUCAAGAAGGUAAGUUUGAAAAACCGUUAAAAACAUAA